AUGGGCGCUAAGGUUCCGCGCAACUUUCGCCUGCUGGAAGAGCUUGAGAAGGGCGAGAAGGGUCUCGGUGCCGAGGCCUGUUCAUACGGUCUUGACAAUGGCGACGACCUGCUGAUGUCCGACUGGAACGGUACCAUUCUCGGCCCACCACACAGCGUCCACGAGAACCGCAUUUACAGCGUAUCGAUCCACUGCGGCCCUGACUACCCCGACACCCCUCCGGAGAUCAAGUUCACAACCAAGAUCAACCUACCCUGCGUCAACCCCCAGAACGGAAAGGUCGACGGGUCGAAGCUGCCAUGUCUGGCUCAAUGGAAGCGCGAUUUCACCAUGGAGACGAUACUGAUAGAGCUUCGAAGGUAUAUGGCGCUGCCUCAGAACAAGAAGCUUCCACAGCCACCCGAAGGCGCGAUGUUCUAG